GAUCCUGUUUUGUUUGCAAGUGUUGUUAUAAAUGUGUAAAUGCUAAAUUGUAUUUAUUGGUGUGUUGAGGUUUAAUCACCAUGAAGAAAGGUACUGAAAGCGGUGAAAAAUAAGAUUUUGUUGGCCUUGGAUAGUUAACAAAAAUCCUUUUGCUCAACGUCCCAGAGAAAUCGAAGCCCCGCCCACCAUUCUUACCGUAGCUCAACACAGAUAAUGAAAAUGCUCAGGAGGAAGAAAUGGCUCACAAGACUUUUACAGAGUGGUGUGCUGUUAAUCUUGGUGGUGACUGCUAUUAUAAAUAUUUCAUUCAUAAUGAACAGGCAUGAGAGGAAAGAUGGUUACAGAGAGAGUAAAACAAGGGAGGACUCGGUACCUGAGGGGGACGGGCCUCCCACACAGCUAUCCCUGGGGGUCACCUCUAGCAAGUCCCUGGUCUACGUCACCGUCAACGGACAAACGGUUUAUCAAGAUGAUGAUUUUGAUGUCAACAGGGGAAUCCAUUUACUUGUCCUGAACCAGGCUACUGGCAAGGUGAUGGCCAAGCAGGUGUUUGACACUUACAGCUCUGGGGAAGACCAAGCCAUGCUGGACUUCAUUGACAGAAUCUCCAAAAACCGCAUUCUUGUCUUCACGAUCAAAGAUGAGGGUUCCUUUCAGCUGAAGCCUGAGGCCCGGUCAGCUCUGAGGGGUAUGGGGAGUGUGACGGGGGAGAAACUGGCAUUCCGAGACAUGUGGAUAUUUAUCUGUUACAAAGGGGGUCAAGUUGUCAGUGAGCGACACAGUAAAGCCGACAAGAUGGGGGAAUGGGGCGAGAGAAUCACGGUGGAGGAGGUCCUUAAACUGGUGCCCCUGCAAGAUACUAAGUGUCCUUGGUCUACCACUGAUAGUAAGCGACAGGAGUUCUGUGAUAAGGUCGAGGGGUACAGCCGAGUGUGUGACUGCGACGACCCCGCCCCACUCACAUUCCAUCCACCUAAGUUAGAGGUGGACAAUCUGAAGAAUGUGGCAAUAACUGUGAUAGCCAGCAACCGUCCACAGUACCUAUAUAGGAUGCUGGUCAGACUGUUAGGUACGUCUGGAGUCCGAGCCAACAUGAUCACGGUGUUCAUCGAUGGAUUCUUCCAGGAGCCCCUGGAGGUGACCAGACUGCUCGGGUUGAGAGGGAUACAGCACACACCCCAGGGGAAGAAGAACGCCAGGGUCAGCCAGCACUACAAGGCCAGCCUCACUGCCACCUUUGACCUUCACCCAGAGGCUUUGUAUACCAUUGUCAUUGAGGAAGAUCUAGAUGUGUCACCAGACUUUUUCAAUUACUUCAGUCAGACCCUGCACCUGAUGGAGAAGGACAGCAGUUUGUACUGUAUCUCUGCUUGGAACGACCAGGGUUACUCCCACUCGUGUAAGGACCCACGUAAGCUGUACCGGGUGGAGACCAUGCCGGGGCUGGGCUGGCUGCUGAAGAAGAAACUCUUCAAGGACGAACUGGAGAAACAGUGGCCCUCUUCUGACAAACAGUGGGACUGGGACAUGUGGAUGCGUCUCCCCACGGUCAGGAAGAACCGGGAGUGUAUCAUUCCGGACGUCUCCCGCACCUAUCACUUUGGAUCUAAAGGACUCAACAUGAAUCCGUACUUCCAAGAAGUCUAUUUCAAAAAACACUCAAUUGUUAACGAAUCUAACGUCGCUCUGAAGGACCUAGACAGGAUGACAGCUGACAAAUACGAAGUGAUGAUAAAUGAGAUCCUGAAGUCAGGGGUAGUAGUGGACCACAGCAAGGACCCGUGUGAUAGCGGGCUGGUCCCCGACAACAAGGAUACUGUACAUGUCAUGUACAUACAAAUGCAACAUCCCACAGAUUUUACCACCUGGAAACAACUCGCCAAGUGCUACCAUUUGUGGGAUCUAGAUGUGCGAGGAUUUCACAAGAGUAUGUGGAGACUCUACCUGAAUGGAACACCUGUAAUACUAGUGGGGGUACCUGCCUCCCCCUACCACUCGCAUAAACCAGACAGUGUGAAGCCAUUUGCACUGGAGGAACCAUCAAAGAAAGCCAAGGCCCAGUAGUGGGAUGACCCCUGACCCCUAGUAAAGGGCUGUCCCCUGCCAGCAAUACAUCCCCACGGUAGAUCUGGCUCCGACUACUUGUAAACUUAGGAAUUUGACUUGGCUGUUCCUCCUCUUGGACCAGGAUCUAGACACAAUUUACAAUAAACAGUGUAACAGGAGCGAACCCUGUAAGGAACUGUUGGGUGCAAUAUUAUCAUCUUGUUGGAGUUAACAACUUCUUUAUUGUUAUGAUAAACCAAUGUCUGUUUUAAAUACAUUGGCGUGUAUUGGUAGCUUUAACAUGUGGAUAUACUGCACACAUGUCAAGAAUCUAUAAUAAUACUCUUGAGUUUUUGAUAAGUACAUGUUAUUAUUAUUUUUGAUACAUGUACAACGUAGCUGUACCGUAGCAGAAAUAGUCUCCCUGUGAUUGUCCUAUAUCCCUGGGUGAUUUACAUGUAAAAGACAAAAGUUGUACAGAAUGUAUUUUUCCUGUACAACUGCAAUGAAAAACUAAUUCCAUGAAUAAGGUCCAAGUAAAAGAGUUAUAAGCUGCACAUAGCGUUUGAUGGUGCAAAGUUUUCUCUUUAUUCUGUUUAGUUUUUUUUUCAUCUAAUCAAUGAAGAAUAUUUUUGAUGCCAAUGUUUUUCCUAAUGACAAACCAUCAAUAUAUCUUGUUCCGAUUAGAGUCAAUGUUCACCGCCUACCAGCUGUAGGGAUACUUGUUAUCUUAACAUCUCCUAACGAAUCUAGCAUUUACAGUAACCUGCUUUUUCAUUGUGUGGUAUGUUUACCCUGCUCAAAGUUUGAUUGGUGAUGUCUAGUGAUGAAAAACAGGCCUUUAAGCUUUCAGCUGAUAUUCUAGUAAUACAUGUACACUCAAAAUUGUGAUAAAUUCUUUACUUAUGAAACUGCAUUACUAGUAUAUUGAAUGAACAAUAAACCGUGUUCAAGGAACAUCAUAGCAAUGAUUUCUUAUGAGAGAUUAUUGUAAUGUAUAUGAAUGUAUAUUUAUAUAUCAAAUGCCAAAUUCCAAAAAACAAAGGACAUUUAAACAAUCUAAAGAUUUGCCAUAUUCUUUUCAGAUGAUUUUUAUUUGUUGACAGACAUUUAAACAUUCCUUGAUGUUGUUUUAAGCAUUGGUGAUAUGUUUUCAGACUUUCACAUCAACAUAAUCUGUGUCUGUUAGGGUCAACCUAAGGUCAUUGUAUGAAGGUCACAUGUCCUUCUACAAUAUUUACAUCUCUCCGGAACUAAGGGUGCAAAACACAGUUUUAUAUGUAACGUUAUAAGGACGUUUUCAGAUGAGGGGCAAGCAAAACUGUCCCCUAUAAAAAUAAAUUGUUAAAACAUGUUACAUAUAUAUCUAUAUAUCAAUAGAAAGAUAAAAUCGUGAAAUUUUUAAAUAUUUAAAAAUAAUGCACAUGUAACUUAAUGCUAGAAUUUAUUUGGCACUCAAAACAUGCGGAAAAUAGACAAAAGGAUGCCUCUAAAUGCAGUACACCCAUGCAUUUUAGGCUCCCCCUAAAAGUAGAAUGCAACCAAAUCAGCCAUUUUUAUUUCUCUCCAUUUUCAAGAACAAGUCCUGAGGCAUCAUUUCAUAGUAUUUUCAGGGUACAUUCGCCAGCUUUUUAAAGAGCUAUGUUAUCCGCUAAAAAAUUCAUGAAAUUCUGCAUGUGUAAAAUCCGGAUGUUUUUGGAGUUACCGCCCUUUAUUUGAGAGACUCACAAAAAAUAUUUUUAAAAUUUUUCUACAUACUUUUUUCAUGUAUUCGAAAGAUAAUUCACUAUAUUAUGCAACUGAGAGUUUAAAAAUUUGAUUUUCAUGCAUACCGCAUAAAAAUAGCAGGAAAAUCCCUACCCAUCAUCCUUUUCCCCACAGAAAAACCCCCCUGGAUUUUAUACGGAACUGUGUUUAGCUACCUAAGUCUAAUUUACUCUCAUUACGGAAUGUGUUUUGUGUUGUAAAUUGUUGUUUCAUACAAUCCAAAAAAAAAAAAGGAUUGGAACAAAACUGUCGAAAUUUUGUUGAAAAUACCGGUAUAUGUUUUAUUAAAAGUUGACAUUGCACAAACAUAUAGGUUUUGAAAUGUGAUAGUUGUCCACUGUGAUAUUCUCUGUUAAAAGAAUUUUCACUACUUAAUACCUUUGUUAGUGUUACCAUAGCAAUUUUCAUUCGACCAGUAAUAAGGGCCAACUUUUUAAUUUUCUAUGCAAGAAAAGAAAAAAUUAUUGCAACUUAGUGUAUAUUUAGGACUGAUUUGUAUUGAAGUAGUUUGCAAAAAAGGGCAAAAAUAACCCUGUUUACAGUAUUUCAAAAAGGUAAUGAAAGUUAAAUAUAGAUGAUUAAAGUAAGAACGUACUGGUAAUUAAAGUUUCUCUAAUUUUGUUAAUUAAAUAAAAUGCUUAACAUAAAUUUUAAUUAACUAUCCUCUUUUGUUAGAGUUCUGGGCAUUCAAAAGGAAAAUUAUACUGUAUUUUUUAUGAAUGCUCUAGUCGAUUAAUUUUAGUAAACUCAUCAAUGCUCGGCAUCGGCACUGCUUUUACGUCUUUUACACCUGCUUGUUUGUGCUUCAUUUGAACUGCUAUUGAAACAGGUUGUGAUUCAAUAUUUCUAUGCAAUUUUUUUAUGGCUAUUAUUUUUUUCAACGAAGGUAAUAUACAAGUAAAUAUACUUUCACUGUUGUAUAUGUCUUUGGCUUUUUUACUUUAAGAUUUAUAUGUACUUAUAUUUUUGAUCAUUUUUUUCUCUAAAGAAAACUGGUGUGCUUCAGAAACUAUGCUACGAACACUGAUGAUAAUUUAUUUUAGUCUGACUCUAUAUUGUGUUUUUUCAUCUACUGAUAUUGUAAUUAUUGAUUUUCUACCUGUUUUGGACCCUUAAAAACCUGAUAUUAUUUGGAUCAUGUCUAUUACAUUUCAAAAUUAAGUUCAGUGGUUAAUUAUCUGCCAUGAUUUGAAGUUAAACUGCAGUGACUCAGCUUUUGUUACAGUGGUUUUUUGUGCAGUUUUUAGAUGUUGUAGUUUGGUGCCAUUUGGUGUAUUUGUAUUCUUAAAAACAGCUAGGUUAUGGCAGCUAAGUCUGGGCUGUGCUGAGAUCUAAGUAAUGAAUGUAAAGAUUCUGCUUGUGUGUAGGGGCUGGGGUAAAAUUGAAGUAAAGUUAGGAUAGCCCAGACUGAUCUUGCAUCAAAAUUCAGCUAUUUCUGAUAUGAUUGCUAACUACGCCAAACAAAAUGUGGUGUACAUUGUGUGCAUGCAUGUAAUCUUAUCUGUAUAAUAUUUAUUUUAUCAUAAAA